AUGUUUCCAAUUCUGAAGGUCAGCGUGACGGGUCUGGAUCCCAACGCCAUGUAUUCGUUCCUCUUGGACUUCAGUCCUGCAGACGGGCACCGCUGGAAGUACGUGAACGGCGAGUGGGUCCCUGCGGGCAAACCUGAGCCUCACAGUCACAGCUGCGUCUACAUCCACCCCGACUCGCCCAACUUCGGUGCCCACUGGAUGAAAGCUCCGGUGUCCUUCAACAAAGUCAAACUGACCAACAAACUCAACGGAGGCGGCCAGAUCAUGCUGAAUUCUCUCCAUAAGUACGAGCCUCAGAUUCACAUUGUUCGUGUUGGAGGCAGCCACAGGAUGGUGACCAACAUCUCUUACACAGACACUCAGUUCAUCGCUGUAACGGCCUACCAGAAUGAAGAGAUAACUGCACUGAAGAUUAAACACAAUCCGUUUGCUAAAGCUUUCCUUGAUGCAAAGGAUAGGAGCCAUCCUAAGAAUCAUCUAGAACCUCCAGCUGAAAACCAGCAUGUGGGCAUACCGCACUGCGGAUGGUUCAUAUCAAACCCAGACACUCUGUGUUCUGCUAGUGGUGGUAACUUUCCGUAUCCAGGAGGUUUACCGCUUACUCCCCACCAUGGGUACAAACACUACCCAAGCCUGCACGGGCACCGAGCAACCCCGUACCCAUCACCCUACCUGUCCCACCAUCAUCACCACCGUGGCCAUAACUCAGGUGAUCUCUCAGAGUGCAUUUUGAAUCAAUAA